GGCACUGGCUCUCGGGGAAGGCUUUCUCUCCGUUGGCCCUGGGGGAAGGUCCUUGUUCCUUGGUGAACUUCAUGUGGUGUGGCAUCUGUCUCACCCCGUCUCUCCUUGUGCUUCUCUAUGCCUAAUCUGCUCUUAUAGAUCUCAAGACUGAUUUAAGGCACACCCUAUACUAACAUGUCUAAUUAUCAUAACAAACAAAACCCAUUCCCAAAUGGGAUUCUAACUACAGGUUGGGAUUUACAACACAUAUUUUUGGGGGACACUUCAAUCUAUAACAACCCUGUACUGUAGAUGUUCAUCACCUCAGAUUUGGUGUGCACCCACCUGGUGUAAUGUAUAUAGGAUUUUGUAGGCUUAGAACCUGCAGUCCUCUCAUGUAACUUGGUUGGGACAUUGGCACUGCAUAUUCCAGAGAGAGAUGAAGUGACCUUCCUACUUCACACAGUUUGUGACUGGCCUAGCUGGGUCUCAGUCUUAGGUCUUUGUCCUCUAAACUGGUGCUCUGGGCCUCCCUGCUGGUAGGGUUAGGGAGGGACAGGAACCAUGCUGGAUCCUCACAAUGGUGUGCUCUUCUAGGAGCCAUGCGGGGCCAGCGGAGCCUGCUGCUAGGCCCAGCCCGCCUCUGCCUGCGCCUGCUUCUGCUCCUGGGCUAUAGGCGCCGCUGCCCACCUCUGCUCCGGGGCCUGGUACAGCGCUGGCGCUAUGGCAAGGUCUGCCUACGCUCUCUGCUCUACAACUCCUUUGGGGGCGUUGACACGGCUGUUGAUGCUGCCUUUGAGCCUGUCUACUGGCUGGUGGACAACGUGAUCCGCUGGUUCGGGGUGGUGUUCGUGGUGCUGGUGAUCGUGCUGACUGGCUCCAUCGUGGCCAUCGCCUACCUAUGUGUCCUGCCCCUCAUUCUCCAAACCUACUCAGUGCCACGACUCUGCUGGCAUUUCUUCUAUAGUCACUGGAAUCUGAUCCUCAUCGUCUUCCAUUACUACCAGGCCAUCACCACUCCGCCUGGAUACCCACCCCAGGGUAGGAAUGACAUCGCAACUGUCUCUAUCUGUAAGAAGUGCAUUUAUCCCAAGCCAGCCCGAACACACCACUGCAGCAUCUGCAAUAGGUGUGUGCUGAAGAUGGAUCAUCACUGCCCCUGGCUAAACAACUGUGUGGGCCACUACAACCAUCGGUACUUUUUCUCAUUCUGCUUUUUCAUGACUCUGGGCUGUAUCUACUGCAGCUACGGAAGCUGGGACCUUUUCCGGGAGGCUUAUGCUGCCAUUGAGAAAAUGAAACAGCUCGACAAGAACAAACAACAGGCGGUUGUCAACCAGACUUAUCACCAGACCCCACCACCUACCUUCUCUUUUCGAGAAAGGAUAACUCACAAGAGUCUCGUCUACCUCUGGUUCCUGUGCAGUUCUGUGGCACUUGCCCUGGGUGCCCUAACUGUAUGGCAUGCUGUGCUCAUCAGUCGAGGUGAGACUAGCAUUGAACGGCACAUCAACAAGAAGGAGAGAUGUCGGCUACAGGCCAAGGGCAAAGUAUUUAGGAAUCCUUACAACUACGGCUGUUUGGACAACUGGAAGGUAUUCCUGGGCGUGGACACGGGAAGGCACUGGCUUACCCGGGUGCUGUUACCUUCCAGUCACCUGCCCCAUGGGAAUGGAAUGAGCUGGGACCCCCCACCCUGGGUGGCUGCUCACUCAGCCUCUGUGAUGGCAGUGUGAACUGGAGUGUGUCAGCCGUGACUCUAGCAUUCAUUCUGCUUCCUGCAUUGUCUCAAGGACCUCCAAGGGCAGCUUUUCUUGGAAUCUUUGAACAAAAAGAGCCACUGGGCCUGCCUUAGGAUCCCAUGCAGGGAUAACUCAAGGACUAACCUACUGGCUCCUGCAGAAGCAAGGCAUGAUGUGGGGAAAUCCUGGGACUGAUGUCCCUUUACUCAGGCAAACAAGUUCCAGCCCCAGACUGGGGGUCAGGCAGCUAGCCAACUUGUCCAGGUGCUGACCACAACCUCCUCCAGGUUACGGCACUGGGCUUGGCCACCACCUCUUUCACUUGCUGUCUAAGAAAAUACCUGAAUGGUACAGCCGAGAUCCUGGCUUCUCAACAGGGCAGAUACCAGGCUGCUGCUGAGGUCACUGCCACUUCUCACAUGCUGCUGAAGGGAGCAAAAAUAAAGGUAUUG